AUGGUCAAAAUCAAUCACAAGCAGGCCGCAUUGGAUUUCUUAUCCUUUGUCAACGCCUCCCCCACUCCUUUCCAUGCCGUCAAGUCGAGCAAGGAGCUACUCACAGCAGCUGGCUUUGAGUCAAUUAAAGAAAAAGAUUCGUGGUCAUCAAGUCUCCAACCUGGUGGGAAAUAUUUCCUCACCCGCAAUGGAUCCACUUUGAUAGCAUUUGCUAUUGGCAAAAAGUGGAAGCCUGGCAACUCUGUUGCUAUGGUUGGAGCGCAUACCGACUCUCCUGUCCUCAGAAUCAAGCCCGUCAGCAAAAAGCAGGGCGAGGGCUUUAUCCAAGUCGGCGUUGAGACCUACGGAGGAGGUAUUUGGCAUACUUGGUUCGACCGUGACCUGGGUGUUGCUGGCCGUGUCAUGGUGCGCGCAAAGGAUGGAAGCAUUCAGCAGAAAUUGGUCAAGGUUGACAGACCCAUCCUGCGUAUUCCCACCUUGGCCAUUCAUCUGGAACGCAAGGAAUCAUUUGAUUUCAACAAAGAAACUCAGCUCUUUCCCAUUGCUGGCCUUGUCGAAGCUGAGUUGAACAGAACCAGAGACCAUACCCCGGAUUCUUCUCAGCAGGAAACCCCGACAACAUCUCUGAAACCCACAACAGAACGCCAUCACCCUUACCUUGUCGAACUAGUCGCGAAAGAGAUCGAUGCUAGACCUGCUGAUAUACUCGACUUUGAGCUGAUUCUUUUCGACACUCAUAAGUCAUGUCUAGGCGGUCUUCUCGAGGAAUUUAUCUUCUCUCCUCGCUUGGACAAUCUCAACAUGUCCUUCUGCGCUGUGCGGGGACUUAUUGAAUCCGUCCAAUCUAGCAAGGCUUUAGACAACGAAAGUGCAAUUCGACUGAUUGCACUAUUUGACCAUGAAGAGGUUGGCAGCAAGAGCGCUCACGGUGCCGAUUCGGAUGCCCUGCCAGCCGUUCUUCGUCGUCUUUCUGUGCUACCCGCCAAGGAAGCCGGCAACAAAGCCGUUGACUUGUCCACUGCCUACGAACAAAGUCUCACAACAUCCUUCCUCCUAUCCGCCGACAUGGCGCACAGCAUUAAUCCGAACUACAGCGCCAAAUACGAGUCCGACCACAAACCAUAUUUGAACAAAGGUCCCGUCAUUAAGAUCAACGCUAACCAGCGCUACGCAACCAAUGCCCCUGGUAUUGUCCUAUUGCAAGAAGUCGCACAAAAGGCUGUCGAAGACGGAGGCGACGUUGUGCCCUUGCAACUGUUUGUCGUUCGCAACGACUCUUCCUGCGGAAGUACCAUUGGACCCAUGUUGUCUGCUAAUCUGGGUGCCAGGACUCUGGAUCUAGGAAACCCUCAGCUUAGUAUGCACAGUAUCCGAGAGACUGGUGGCACAGAGGAUGUGGGACAUGCUGUGAGGCUGUUUGCAAGCUUUUUUGAGCAUUAUUCGGCUUUGUCUCCUACCAUUCUCGUUGAUUAA